AUGGUCAAGUAUUUUUUGAAAGCAUCAGCAGAAUUGGAUAAUGUUACCGACUUACAGCCAAUAGACACCACCGAGAAUCCGUUUGAAUACACAUUUCAUAUUCAAUGCACUUCGUGUAGACAGGUUCACGGAAAGCCGGUGACAAUCAACAGGUUUGAAAAACACGAAAUGGACGGAUCCAGAGGAGAGGCUAGUUUCGUGUUCAGGUGUCGUGAAUGUAAAGGCGAGCAUUCGGCUUCGAUUACUAGAACUAAGGAGACAGUGACCAUAGAGAAAACCGGUAAGUUCGUGCCAAUAUUGGAAAUCGAUGCCAGAGGAGUCGAAUUUGUUGAGUUUAUCCCUGAUGGCCAGUUUGAAUGCCGUGGUGCUGAAACCACUACACGUUUUGAUGAUGUUGACUUGAGUGACGGUGAAUGGUACGACUACGACGAAAAGGCCAAUGCCGAAGUCAGUAUCAUCGACGUCAAAUGGGAAGUCGCUCGUUCUUGA